AUGAACUUUAGCAUUAGCGAUUUCUCGCAAUCUAUGUCUAGAACUUCUCGUGAUUUCAAGGACGAAGAUAUUGCAGUAGUAGCGUUAGCUGCCAAAGCUCGUGCCACGGUGGAGGCAUCUCAGCACGUAUUUGUGACUCUCGGAUGGAAAGAACGCAAAGAUGGCCAAGGUGUGCGCUUGUUUGAGCGAAAAUCAACCCCUGGAGUGUUUGACAUUGCGGCGUCCACGAGUCUCCCUUGCAGUGCCAGCGAAAUCAUAGAGGCUCUCUCCAGCCGUAAUAGUGAUGAAUUUAAUGCUACGAUGUUAGCCCUUGCGGGUGAUGGCUUUUCGUUUGCAGUCACGCUUCGAGAAAUACCGACGGCAUCGCCUCAUGUUCAUUUGACAAUCAAACGCAUGCAGUUUUCUGGCUCUAUUCCGCUAGUUUCGAGCACCAAGACGUUUGAGUUUCUAGAUUACGCUGAAUAUGACACCAAGACCCGCACUGCCGUCCGAAUAUUUCAGACGCUAACACGAGAUCGUGCUGGUCGAUUAGCACUAGCUGGUGAUACAUUAGCGGGCUACGUGCUGACAGAACAGACGAAACUGCACCAAACGUCGGUAUUUUACUUUGGAACACAUGCAAUGACUCGGGAAGAAUUGAAAGCCAGAAGCAUUGUCAAGGCAAGACUAAGAGUUAGCACUGCGCGUGAAAGCACGACGCAAGCAUUGCUAAAAUUGGCCAAAGUUAUCCCUACGAUUGGUGCCAUCGCCCUUAGAAGGCGUUUGGGAGCCGAAUACGUGGUUGAUCCCUCUGAAGAAGGCAACAAAAAUUGCCCUGGUUGUGGCAAAGUGGUGAAUGUUUCACGACUGCGAAAAAAGCACGUAUGCUGUAUUUGCAGUCUCGACACAUGUAACUCAUGUUCAAGAUUUCAAGAUGUUGAGAGUCUCAUUGGUGUGAUUGAGCGACUCUGUGUUUGCUGUAUUUGCAUCUCAACGGCACGACAUCGUGCCUUUGAUACUGUCAAUGACGGACCGACUUAUCGUCUACGUCCUAGCGCAACGUCGACGAGCCGCACAAAUUCAACAACACUUUCUAGCACUCGAUCGCAUGUAUUGCCUACUCAUGCAUGA